AUGCUUCCUCUCAUUCUAGCAGMCUWCGGCUGCCUCAUCCUCGCGGCACCAAUCGCCCAGAGUGAUCCCUCACUCAACUGCCCCACCGAGAACCUGCCAUGGACCAUCUCCAACAUCGUCGUCUUCACGUCCAACCUCACCGACAUGACCACUGGCAAGGAGAUGAGCGGUAUGGGAAUGGACCCGAACGACACCACCGUCUUCCACGAGAGCUUCAUCGAUUUCCAUUUCCAUGACUCAAACAAGGGCUUGGAGCUCAAGGUGGAGUGCUCUCGCUUCACAAACAGCACGCUACUCGAMGACGAGAACUUCUACCAAUGCGAUAAGCGUGGAGUGGUCUUCAAGUAUGGAGGACGUACCCURGAAGUUCAGAGAGCUUUCACGUCUCCAUGCCUUGGAGAGUAUCCAUACGACAGCGCCAUUGCCUUUGGAGAGGCGGACAUGWAUCUCACUGGCACGGCGGCGCCAGAGGGCACGCUUGCGACACAGGCACUCAUGGAGAUGCCGAUAUCAUCGCUCACUUGA